ACCGGUAUAUGCAGUCUGCAGAUCCUCCUCAUUUAAACCACCUUGUUGAACCACUUUGCUCAAUUACUCUACACAUAUUUAGCCAACUGCGGUGCCUUGCUUCAAUUAGCACAGCUGCUCACAUUAGCUGCAUCGCCCUCUCAUCUCCCCUAGACUGCGAGGACUGGACAGUCAACUUUUAACACCAUGACGAUCAAAGCUACCAAAUUCACACCGGAAAUCCUCCUUUCUGCGCCACGUAGAUCCCCUGCCAUACCCGAUCCGUCUGGUGACAAGGCUAUUUACACCGUCUCGACAUACUCCUUCCAAAAUCACACCAAGACCUCGCAGUUUCGCCUUCUCGACAUUAGCACUGGGAAUUCAUCGCUUCUAUACGAGGACAGCUCCUACUCUGAGCCGAAUUGGGUCGACGACAAGCACAUCCUUUUUUUCAAGAAUGGGGAUAAAGGGAUCACUCACCUCAUGCUCGGCGAUGUUGACGUGCCCUCGGCAGUUCAUGAAAUUCGAGCCGUCCAUGGCAAUCUCGCGAACCUGAAGGCAAAGCGCCUUUCCAACGACCGAGUGGCCGUCGUCUGCUCCGCCAUCACAACUCCCUCCGGCACCAUGUAUGACCGAGGGUCUCAAAAGCAACCACAUUCCUCCGCUAAGGUCUAUUCCGACCUGUUCCCUCGGCACUGGGACAAAUGGAUGAGCGAGAACAGGAACUCGCUUUGGUAUGGCCUGCUGACAAGGAAGGGCUCACUGUAUCACUUAGAAGAACCCGGUCUUGUCAAUGCCCUCCGCAAUACCCGGCUUGAAUGCCCGGUGCCACCUUUUGGCGGCACCGAAGACUUCGACAUCAGCCAUGCUGGUCUGGCAUUCAUAGCCAGGGAUCCGGAUAUCUCCCCUGCGGUAUACACCAAGACCGAUCUCUACGUCAUCCCUCUCAGGACCUUCACGGAACACGAUCCCCCGCCUCCCCAGAUCGUCCGGACAGGUAAUCUUCGAGGCUACUCCUCCUCGCCCAUUUUCUCUCGGGACGGGAAGAAACUCGCUUUUGCCAGGAUGAAGAAUAACCAGUACGAAGCCGACAAACCCCGGCUGAUGUUGAUUCCGGACAUUGCGGACCUCGCCAGCGUGCAGGAGUUUUAUGUGACGAAAGACGAAGUAGGCGGCUGGGAUGCGCGUCCUGAGUGGAUUAAGUGGAACAAGGAUGACACAGAGCUGUAUGUCGCCGCCGAGCAUCACGGCAGGAGGAAGCUGUGGAAGCUACCCUCGUCCCCACACAAGGCAACUGAAUCCCCCGAGUCUAUCUUCGAGCAAGGCUCAGUGACUACUGCAGUAUUGCUUGGGGAUAACGGCCACGAACUUCUAGUCAGCUCCAACUCGCUAGUUGAUAGUUCGCGCUUCUCACGCCUCGAUCCUUCCUCCAAGAAGAUACAUACAAUAUCAUCAAGCUCCAAGAACGGCAAAUCCUUCGGUCUGUCCGAGGCUCAGUGCGACGAAUUUUGGUUCAAGGGCGCCGAGGGUUACGAUGUACAUGCCCUGGUUGUGAAGCCCUCCAAGUUUGAUCAGUCGAAGACUUAUCCUCUCGCAUUCCUCAUCCACGGCGGGCCUCAGGGCGCGUGGAACGAUAGCUGGAGCACGAGAUGGAAUCCAGCCGUUUUCGCCGAACAGGGCUAUGUGGUCGUACUGCCCAACCCCACGGGAAGCACGGGGUACGGACAGGGGCACACCGAUGCCAUCCAGUGCGAGUGGGGAGGGCGUCCUUACUUUGAUCUGGUCAAGUGCUUCGAACACAUCGAGAAGGAGAUAGGCUACAUUGAUACGGACCGGGCUGUCGCCCUUGGAGCUUCCUAUGGUGGCUACAUGAUCAACUGGAUUCAGGGCAACGAUCUCGGACGGAAAUUCAAAGCGCUGGUAUGCCACGACGGCGUGUUCUCAACGCUGAGCCAGUGGUCAACCGAAGAGCUCUUCUUCCCCCUGCACGACUUUGGCGGCCCCUUGUGGGAGAAACGCGAUAUGUAUGAAAAGUGGGAUCCAGCGACUCGGCUCAACCAGUGGGCGACCCCCCAGCUCGUCAUCCACAACGAACUGGACUAUCGUCUCCCCGUCUCGGAAGGCCUUGCCAUGUUCAACGUACUCCAAGCCCGAGGAGUGCCCAGCCGCUUCCUCAUGUUCCCCGACGAGAACCACUGGGUUCUGAAGCCUGAAAACUCCUUGGUAUGGCAUAAGGAAGUGCUUGGGUGGAUUAACAAAUAUUCGGGAAUUGACGAAACCGAAGAUAUCCCAAUGCGAGGCAGAAAUUAAACCAUGAGAAGUACGUGGACUUCGGUUCUGUCAUGGAGAGGUGGGAGGUUAAGACAGUCGUAUGCAGUCUGUCUCUGCCUUAACCUCCGGCGAGAGACAUGCGAGGGAGGUAUCCGUUUUGUUGAAAACUAAGGUAUACAAUGCCCGCAUUGAUAUCCUCGGCGAGGACACGCAGUUAGCUCUACCGUAGUAACAAUCUUCCUGGUCGGAUUUAAGCGUCGGGCGAUUGGAAGAUAGGUCAUCUCGAUCCCUCUGAAUAGGACUGAGAAGAAGAUUAAGGGGGUGAACAACAAGCAGGGCAUGAAGAUGCAGAGCAAUAACAGUAACACCAGAACCACUACAACGAAAGUAAUCGGGGUGAGCUACAUUAGGUCGAUGUAUAAGGUAAUGAGGUCUUUGUACGGUAUGUAGGCUGCGG